AUGGUUAAGGACGCUAUUGUCAUGCAGUCCUCGGGUGAGCACAAGGCUACUGUUAUUUUCUCCCAUGGCUUGGGCGACUCUGGCCAUGGUAUGGCUUUGCCUGACCGUCUCACCGUUGUUGAAACAGUUGAUAUCGGGUCUGUGGUGCCCUCGCCUGAAUUUGGGGAUUUAUUUGGGGCUGUGGUGUGGUUUGGCCCAAUGUCUC